CAGAGAGACAUAGAGUCAAUAUUGCUCAGGGAGGAGAGAGAGAGAGAGAGAGAGAGAGAGCGAUGACAGAAAAAACAUGUAAAGAUGGAGAAGCAUCGAAACAUUUAAUUUCUGUAUGUGUUGAGGACAUGGAGGGAGAGCAGAGAGGUUUAGACGGUUGGAAUCACACAGUAUGGCGGCUGUGCAGCCGCGCGACCUGCUCCGUGCCGGACCGGUAGGCGGACAGAGUUUGAAGCGGCAGAGCGGCGACAGCGCGUCGGGGUGGAAACUAACCGAACGACCGCUGCUGGCAACUCCCGGACCUACCGGACCUAGUGUUUAUUGCUUGGUCGAUUUUUAACCGUUUUUCUCCCCUUUUUUUCUCCCUCCCUUGUCCCGGUGCUCCGUCCGCUUCCACCACCAUCACCACCACCUCCUCCACCUUCACUGUCUCCAGGAGGAUGCUGUCGGUACAAACCACGCAGUGGUAACUAACCCGCACCCCUCCAAGGAGUAACAGUGAGUGACCCCACUCCGGACGGGUCUUCCCCCGGCUGGGCUCCAGCUCCAGCCUCGGAGAGGAGAGGAGGGUUGACGCGCAGCAGCUCUGGUCACGACAGUAAAACUGGACAGAAAUUUUGAGAGGAUUUGGAGGAAUAAUUACCCCUGCCUGUCCGGCUGGAUUGUUUGAGUUGAUAUCAGGUCUCUUUUUCGGCGUGGAUUGUUAAUUUCGGGUUUUUUUCCCCCGCCCGGAGGUUUGCUCCGCCUGGGUUACCGAGGAGGAGCGGAGCCUGUAGCUGGGCUGGAGCGCUCAGAGCAGGGGAACCACGCAGCUCUCACCCGGUCCAGAGUGGUGCUGUCGAGUGGAAACAUGGCAGCGCUGAGGUGGGAGGUUCUUCUGUACCUGGCGGUCAUCCUGCUGGCCUCCUGCAGCGCCGCGCCCACAGACAUCCUGUACCGGGUUCCUGAGGAACAGCCGCCAAACACAUUGAUUGGCAGCCUGGCGUCAGACCAGGGCCUGCCCGACACCGGCCACCUCUACAAGCUGGAGGUGGGUGCGCCAUACCUGCGAGUGGACGGAAAGACUGGCGACAUCUACACCACUGAGAUCCCCAUUGACCGUGAGACGCUGAGGGACUGCCGCAAUUUAUUUGAGGGCGACAAAUGCUUCCUGGAGUUUGAGGUGUCGAUCACUGACAUGGUGAAAGGAAUCGGCUCGGGGCCGCGGCUGAUCGAGGGACGCAUCGAGGUGCUGGACAUCAACGACAACACGCCACAGUUCUCCUCCCCCAUCCUCACCCUGUCCAUCCCUGAGAACACGCACAUCGGCGCCCUCUUCUCCAUCCCCAUGGCCACCGACAGGGAUUCUGGCUCCAAUGGCGUGGCCGAGUACUCUCUGAGCACUGGGCCAGAUGCCGACCAGCUGUUCAGCCUGCAGGUCGCCGUGGACUCGGACGAGAAGUUGCCUCAGCUGGUCGUCAUGGGCAACUUGGACCGCGAGAAGAAGGACUCGUACGACCUGAACAUCCGGGUAGUGGAUGGUGGGAAGCCUCCCAGGGUGAGCAGUGCUCUGCUGCGGGUCACCGUCACUGACCAGAAUGACAACGCCCCGAAGUUUGAGAGGAGUCACUACGAGGCCGAGCUACCGGAGAACAGCCAGCAGGGACACUCUGUGCUGCAGGUCAGAGCCAAUGACGCAGACACCGGCACCAAUGGAGAGAUUGACUACAGCCUCCAUCAGGCAUCGGACACUGUCCAGAGGCUUCUGCGCAUUGACCGCUCUACAGGCAUCAUCUAUGUCAAGGGCCUUGUGGACCGUGAAGAGGAGAACUUUCUCAAGUUCUUUGUGGUCGCCAAAGAUCGCGGACCCAACUCCAAGAGCUCGAAAGUCCUGGUGACCAUCAAUGUCCGGGAUCAGAAUGACAAUGCACCAGCCAUCGAGAUCCGUGGAAUCGGCUUGGUGAUACACCAGGACGGUGUGGCCAACAUUUCAGAGGACAUGCCUAUUGGCACACCAGUGGCGUUAGUCCAGGUGUCAGACCGUGACGAAGGGGAAAAUGCAGUGGUAACGUGUGUGGUUGCUGGUGACGUCCCAUUCCAGCUCCGGCCUGCCAGCGAGUCAGCCAAUGAUCGGAAGAGGAAGUACUUCCUGCAGACAACAACUCUGCUGGAUUAUGAGCGUGUGAAGGAUUACAGGAUUGAAAUUGUUGCAGUGGAUUCUGGGAACCCUGCCCUAUCCAGCACCAACUCUCUCAGAGUCCAAGUCACAGACAUGAACGACAACACCCCAAACUUUUCCCCUGCGAUGGUCGAGGUGGACUUUGCAGAGGGCAACCAGCCAGGCGACAAGGUGCUGGACGUUAUAGCGACAGAUGCAGACAGUGGCACCAACGCAGAGCUGGCCUACAGCAUCAUCGAGCUCUCCGCAGCCAGGCUGUUUGAAAUUGAUUCCAACACUGGAGAGGUUCGUGUGAAGAACCUCCUGGAUCGAGAGGAGACAGAGCGUUACGAGUUCCGAGUGGCAGCAGCAGACAAGGGCGUUCCGAGCAAAACUGGCACUGCCACAGUGGUGAUUAACGUACUGGACCGCAAUGACAAUGACCCCAAAUUCAUGCUAAGUGGCUACAGCUUUUCUGUCAUUGAAAACAUGGCACCACUCAACCCUGUUGGUGUAGUGACUGUCACUGAUAAUGAUAAAGGGGAGAAUGCCAAAGUGAGGCUGUUUGUGGAACCGGACAACGGCAAGUUUGUGAUCCAGAACGGUACGGGAACCAUCCUGUCCAGUAUCUCCUUUGAUCGCGAGAAGGAGAGCACCUACACCUUCCGACUGAAGGCUGUAGAUGCUGGUGACCCACCUCGAUCCUCCUACGUGGGCGUGACCAUCAAUGUCCUGGACGAGAAUGAUAAUGCCCCUUAUGUCACCAAGCCAGCCAACUCCUCCUACACAUACAUGUCGCCUGUCACUGCACCAGAUACCAGUGUUGAAGUGGUGGAAGCUGAAGACAUUGACUCUGGACCCAAUGCUGAGCUGAUCUACACCAUCACUGGUGGCAACCCAUAUGGCCUAUUCCACAUCUCGCCCAGCAGUGGGGAGAUCACACUGGCACAGGAAUUCACUGGCAAGCACAACGGGCUGCAUCGCCUGGUGGUGAGGGUCAGCGAUAAAGGCAAACCUCCCCGCCACACCACCGCCCUAGUCCACGUUUUUGUCAAUGACACAAAGUCCAAUGUCUCCCUCAUCGAGGCGCUGGUCGGACACAGCCUCUACACCCCUCUGGACCGGGACAUUGCCGGAGAUCCCAACUAUACCCUCACUCAGCGCAGCAACAUCCUGUAUGGCAGCCUGGCCGGUAUUGCUGGUGUGAUUCUGGUGAUUGUAGCCGUGAUGGUCAUAAGACACCGACUGCAGAAGGACACGAAGAGUGGCUACCAGGCCGGCAAGAAGGAGAGUAAGGACCUGUAUGCUCCAAAGCAAGGCCCCAAAAAUGGCAAAGGGAAAAAGAGCAAAAAAGGAAAAGCCCCUAAACCGGCCAAACCGCUGGAGGAGGACGAGGAAGCAAGCUUGCAGAAAGGCCUCAAGUUUAACCUGAUUAACGACAACGUCAACGACAGUCCCAGAAUCCACUUGCCACUUAACUACCCACCAGGAAGCCCCGACUUGGGCCGUCACUACCGCUCCAACUCCCCACUGCCCUCCAUCCAGCUGCAGCCCCAGUCACCCUCCGCCUCCAAGAAGCACCAGGCUGUUCAGGAUCUCCCUGCCACCAACACCUUUGUGGGAACGGGUGACAACAACUCAACAGGCUCCGACCAAUAUUCGGAUUACAGCUACAAGGCCAACCCGCCCAAAUACAGCAGCAAACAGCUCCCCCACCGCCGAGUGACCUUCUCCACGGCCAAUCAGGCGCAGGACCUGCAGGACGCGUCCCAGCACAGCUACUAUGACAGCGGCCUGGAGGAGUCAGAGACGCCCAGCUCCAAGUCAUCGUCAGGGCCGCGGAUUGGCCCGCUGGCGCUGCCGGAGGACCACUACGAGCGGACCACGCCCGACGGCAGCAUUGGCGAGAUGGAGCACCCGGAGAACGACCUCAGGCCUCUUCCCGACGUGGCGAUGACCGGUAACUGCACCCACGAAUGCACUGAGUUCGGCCACUCCGACUCCUGCUGGAUGCCCGGCCAGCCUUCCCCCACCCGCAAGGUGUCCAAGAACGCCCCCAAGCUGUCCACCUUUGUGCCUUACCAGGAGAUGGACGGGCAGGAGCAGCUGAUGGCCAACGGCAGCCCCAAGCCCCUGGCGACAGAGGAGCGUGGGAUGGGAAGUGGCGGCAGCGGCGGUUCCAAAGUGGCCAACAUGCGGUUCAUGACGCCCUACAGCAGUGCCUACCCAGGGGGAGGAGACUCGUCCGGUAAAGACUGUGGGCUGGAGGAGAUCCCACUGAGCCAGGGGGUGGAGUACCACUCGGCCACCACUCCAACCGGCCAGACCUCCAAGAGGGAGAUCUACCUGUGAGGGCGCAGCUCUCCACCUUAACCAUCCCCCCCUACCCCCACCUCCCGACCCCUUCCUCGUCAUCAUCCCCCGUCACUGCUCGCCACCACUUGUCCCGCCCCGCCCCCUCACUGCCGCCCCCUGUGCCUAUUAUUCGCUGUGCCGCAGCACUGAUGCCCCUUCUUCCUUUUUAUAACUGCAUCCACCGUACAAGGCUUUAGACCCUCGCCCCACUGACACCGCCGCCACCACCCCCCUCUAGAAACCAAUCAAAUGUAAAAUAGAAUUAAUAAAAAUCAAUUGAAGAAAAACACGCGGCUCCUGCUGCUGCGGAAGGAAUGUAAACUACACCACAUCGUUGUGAUAAUUUAAUGGGAAACUAUUUAGCUACUGACGUAUUUGAGUUGGAUUUUUGUGCGUUGCUUUAGGCUAUGUCGCUGUGUUGGAACAGAAAAAGAAAAAUACACCUUCUGGGGGAGAAGGAAAACAACAUCUUGUAAAUCCUACUUAAGUAUACUGUGUAAUGCUAUCUAUCCUGAUUUUUUUUUUUUUUUUUUUUUCAAUUUGUUUGAUUUUUUUUCGUUAUCAUUUUUCUCUGUCGACUUCGGAGCCUCCGGGGAAUACAUUUUUGAGCUGAGUUGCAUCAAAUCAACCGGGCUCGUUUUUAUCAGAAACAGCUUGUCGACGAGACGUUUGCAGAAAUGCGGCUGUUUUCCAACCUCCGGAGUUGCUGGUGAGAAAUCUUUCAGGUCUGUUCAUUUUCUUGCCGUGAAGAGGUCCUUUUUUCAGUGUACAGAGCUGUAAAUACUACAAACAGUGACAGAGGAAACUGCUGUGGCUGUAAGUGUGGAUCCGUGGCUGUCGUGCUGUCUGGAGAUCUUCAUGUUACGUCAGAUUGAUGGACUAAAAACCUUCGCAUGUACAGAGAAAUGGCGCCGCAGCAUUAGCCGCCACACUGCAGGAACCUGGACUCUUGAGCAUCACCAACGGUGCCCAGUUACAAACACAAGACUUUUUAUUAUUUUUUUUUUCUCUCUCCUCUACAACUUUACAACGCACUUGAAUCUGGGUUCAUGAGGGGACAAAACCAUUUGAGGUGAACCAAUACCAAUUUAUUCAGAACCGAAGGAGUUCUUAAGUGCUUCAGUGGACGAGUAUCAAGCUACCAAUUCUAUUGUUAAUGCUCUUGUCAGUAGUAUACCAUGGAAUGAAAACUCAACAUGAAAGUGUGUGUGACAGUUAAAUUUAUUCUCACGGAAAACCAUCAAAAAUUUAAAACGUCCCAAUUUUGGUUUUCAUGUGUAAACAAUGAAAUUUCCCUUUCCUGAUUUUAGUUAAACAGACAAACAGACGUUCACAUGUGAAAAGUCUGAAACUCCCACUAGCUUCUCCCUUCAGGUGUUCAAAUCAAAAAACAUUUGGUUCCAGCUCAACUGAAGUGAAAAUGAGCUGUUGUUUUUAUCACAUUAAACUGAAUAUCUUUGACAUUUGAAAACAUUUGAAACCUUUACCACAGGCUCUGGAAAAUGUAGACUUUUUCACAUAUCUUUACUUUUUAGAGACUACACGAUUAACUGAUGAAUGAAUUAAGAAAAAUCAUUAAUAGUUCAUUAUUCACCACGAUACAAACUAUUCUCUUAGCCUCACGUGAUAAGAAUUUAAAAUUUGUCAGCCUUGAAUGAGGUGCAAGAAGGAAGGUCGAGGCAAAUCAAUUGGGGGUUCAUCAUCUGGGGAGCAGGAAUCAGAUCGGUAAAUGCCACGGCAGAUUGCUGCUUGGAUUUGGAUAUUUGGAUCUGCUUGAGUUGAAGCAGAAACAUCAGAUCUGGUUCUCACCAAUUGUUAAAAUCUUCCCACAAGAACAGGUUUUAAAGCUUGAUUCAUAAAUGAUGUGUUGGUUAACGUGUGCUGUGGUUUCAGAGCAGCAGCUUCUUUGCUGAUCCUGAUGCGUCCACCUCCACACAACACAGCUGGGCUGUUUCAGUGUUAUUUGUGGUAACUGUGGUGAAUGUUACCCCGCUGCGUUCUAGAGCUUGAAGGAAGAGCUCUCCGGUCAGUGUCGCCUCUCGUUAGUUCCCACCUCUUUACCUCCUCAGUGUGAGGCCGAGCUGUUUGACGUUUAGCAGAAGUAUUUAUUAAACCUGUUAGCUCAGUGCAGCGGGGGAGGUGGGCGCCGCUUCCCGCGGUGCUGCAGUCGCACAGGAAUGCAGGAUUAAUGACACCUGUACGGGCCUCAGUCCACCAACACCCACUCCACAUCGCGCCGCGGAGAAACUCUAAUUACAGCCCGAGGCUCUGCACGUUACCGCCGAUAAUUUGCGCCAGUAAAAGCGCGCUGGUUUGGUAGUUCAUUCAUUCUGAGGCUGGUGUUAAUGGCUGCUGAGGGUAAUGUGAGAUUUCACCUGUAGUGAUGCACACCAGCUGAGCCUGGAUGGAUGAAAGGAGAGACACAGUGAGACAGCGCUCUGCUAACAAUCUCUCUAACAAGUCAUUUAGUCUCUCGCUGAGUUAAAAAGUCUUAAAACAAAGCAAGAAAUCAUCCUGCGGAGGGAGAUUAUUUCACCGGCUCCCAAUACAAAUCAGCUUUAUUCACGUGUUGUAAAACAUGCAAGGAAAAGAAUGAAUGUGAUUAAUUAUCAGAGUUAUUUUUUUUUUUUUUUACUUUAACAAAACUCGGUGGGUAGUUAAACCUUUAGUUUGUAUUCGGUCAGGUAAUAUUGAGUUAACAGUGAUUUUGCUGUUGUGAACUUCACUGAAGUUGCUCCAGAAACAUUAUACUCCUAAAAAAUGUUGUAAUGAAAAACAACAGAUAGAGAACUGAACUGAUGAGUAUAAAUAAAAUCCUUAUGAUAGCCAUCCAGAGGAGACAUUGAUUAUCACUUUUUAGUCUUGCAGACAUUUUUUCCACUUGAGAGUUUUCUUGGCCAAGUUUUCUCUCUUCUCCCAUCAGAGCAGCAGGAUGAGAGUCACCUCGUGUCCUAGUCAUACUUGAUGAUUUUGCUCUGAUGAUGACUUCAUGCUGAAGCACAUUUGUCAGUUAGUCUGUUAGUUUUUUAAAAGUCAGUCUUUGUAGUUUCUCCCAUUUAGAACUCAGAAGUCAAACUUGCGUCUUCCUGGUCCUGCCUCAUUCAACGUCUUUACUCGUGUCUAGAAACUUCCUGAAACAAAGAAAGCUGCUGUGGGAUUAUCUCGGCCCUGUUGGCAGAGAAGACUCGACGGCUGAAUAUGAGACUAAAUGACUUGUCAUUUGUUUUAUUGCGGCGUGUGUGAUGCGAACAUCCACCCUCCAGAAUCACACAGGGAACAUCAAAGCGCCACCGCCGGGCUGCGACGCCUUCGUGGUCUAAACAGGCAGCAAAACGGGGCCAUCUGCCGGGUCGCCGAGGGGUCGCUCUAUCUCGUUUUAUUAGGCAAAUAAUCACUUUCGCCGAGCGCGUCGGACCGCUUCAUUCCGCUUCUUUUCUUUUGUUUUUUUUUUUUUAAUGUCGGCUCAUUUCAGCUCUGCCGGAUAAUUGGUUUUUAUUGUACAUACGUCUGUUUGAAGCUGGAUGUGUGGGGUGUGUGUGUGGCUGUUAACGCGAUUCAAAACACGACUCCUCCGAUCUCUGAAGGUGAUUUGAUUUAUCGUCGACGUGUCUGCCUCUUCAGAAACCACACACAGUCGCAGUAUUCCCCUGCAGAUAAAUCAACCAUCAUUCAACCCUCCCAGUGACAGAGAUUUAGAGUUCACGGGCGCCGCCGCGCUCCCCCGCGCUCCCCAUCUUCCUCUGGUGAUUUAACGCCUCCGCUCAGAACUCUGAUUGAUUAUUUACAGGCCCAACAUGGAGGUCCUCAUCGACUCUCCUCCUUCCUUUUCCCCCUCGACACGCUUCACAGUUUCAUCAUAAACAAGUCAUUUUUUCCUCUCCAUGAUUCCCGCUCGCCGCCCGGCCGACCGCUGCGCUCCCAGGCGGCAGGUGUGUUAUGCUGUGUAAGGUAAAGAUAGAGGAGAGAGGUCAGAGUCAUGUAGCGUCAGUUUAACCUCAACUCUUUGGCACCAAUUAACCCCAGAAGAAGAAAAGUGACCUCUGGUGACCCCUGAUGACUCGGUGACCUCUGGUGUUGCUGUUGGCUUUGAGCUCAAAACAAAACCUGAGAGCAGGAAGGCAAACACAUACCCUCCUGCUCUCAGGCGUGUGUGUGUGUGCUUGUGCGUGUGUGUGUGUGUGUGUGUGUGUGUGUGUGUGUGUGUGUGUGUGUGUGUGUGUGUGUGUGUGCGCGCGCGUGCCAACAAUAGUGGGAAAGAUGCAGACUAAAUGGCCAAAAGUAUGUGGACAUGCCAACAAAUGUAAGCAGCUGUUUACUCUGCUGUAGGGGAGCUGAUCUCAUUCAGACAUCAGCAACAGUGAGAUCUUCUCAGAGACGAUGCUCGACUCCAUCCCAAAGGUUUGCAUGGAGUGUUAGGUCAGACCAGUCUCAUUCCCCGACACCAGACUGGGAAAACCAUUACUUCAUGCAGUUGAGGAUGGACUAAGACACAUACCUUUGGCCGUUUAGUCUCCAAAUCUGUAGUUUGGAUUCCGUGUUUUUCAGCCCUGAUGGCUCUGCCAUUGUUAGACUAUCACAAGUGUAUCAGCAAAGAUCAACAGAUCAUUGGUUUAAUGUCCUGGCAUCAGUCACUUACAUUACAUUUCUCACAGCAGCUAACAGUGAGCAAAAAAAUAGUUGAACAGAUGAAGAGUUUCCUCUACGUAAUCAAAUUUUUUCAGAGGUGUUAUUGAUCACAGAACUUCACUCGCUUCCCUGUUAAGUGGUGAAAAGUCUACAUUUUACCCUUUAGCCCUAUAGUUUAACCACAUCCUCGUGGAUGUUUCUACACAUUUACAGUACACAUAGUAAAUAUGUGUGUGUGUGUGUGUGUGUGCGUGUGUAUGUCAGUGUGCAUCAGGAUGAUCCUGAGCUUUUUGGUCUUGAGGCUUCCUGUCAGACUACAAACACUUCCUGCUCCCUGGAGGAACACCUGAACCCUCAAUACACCCCACCAAUCCCCACUGCCAACUACCCAUCAAGCCCCAGGAGAGCUGCUGUCACACACACUGACAGCCUGUGUGUGUGUGUGUGUGUGUGUGUGUGUGUGUUCAGCAGGUGUCUCCGUCCAUCUCCUGUCCCUUCACUUU